AUAAUUAGAUUCUGGGUGCGAGGGCGAUGGCUGCCGCUCUGAAAUGCGGAGCUCUUCUUCUAUCCAGCAAAUCUUUCUGCCCAUAUCAAUCCACCCUCACCGCGCCCUCCUUCUUUGGUAAUCUCCUCCUCAGAAAAUCAUUCCCUCCUCCUCUAAUCUUCUCUAACCGAUGCUUCUUCCGUUCAUCACUGAAAGCUUCAGAUGCAGAUUUCAAUCUCACCACUUCCCCUCCAAAACCAGAUUCUUCUGCGGAUCCUCCACCUUCAGAACCAUCCAUCCCUCAAUCGGAACCCAUAAAGAGCUUGGUAGAUGCGUUGGACAUCAGGGUUGGACGAAUUCUCAAAGCCUGGAGACACCCAGAAGCAGAUUCACUCUAUGUUGAAGAGGUAGACGUUGGAGAGCCUGAACCUAGAACCAUAUGUAGUGGUCUCGUCAAUUACAUCCCUUUGGAUCACAUUCAGGGCUUACAAGUUAUCGUUCUUGCCAAUCUGAAGCCCAGGAACAUGCGUGGGAUCAAGUCGAGUGGAAUGCUUCUCGCUGCUUCUGAUGCAUCGCAUGAGAACGUUGAGCUGCUCUUGCCUCCUGAGGGUUCGGUCCCUGGUGAGAGAAUCUGGUUUGGAACGGAAGAGGAGAAGGAAGGUCAGGGUGAUCCUUCGUCAGCUAAUCAGAUUCAGAAGAAGAAGGUUUGGGAAACGGUUCAGCCUCGUCUCAAGACCAAUGAGUCUUGCAUUGCGGCUCUUGUGGUUGAUGAGGGUCAGGGGUUGCAUCCCAUGAGGACCUCUGCUGGUCUGGUCGUGUGUCCAUCUCUCAAGAACGCUCGCAUUUCCUGAUAUUGACAUGGCUCGCUUGGUAGUAGUGUGAUGUAGUCCAGCUCAUCAACUGGGAUUUCCAGUUUAAUAUUGUUACAGGGAAAACUAAAUCUCAGCUGCCUUGAGCUAUCCUGAAUAGAUGAGUUUUCUGGUACAGAUUUGGUUGAUGAACUCUUUUGAUUGAUGCAAAUUUUUUUCCCCAUUUAUGUUGGAAAUGAAAAUUUUAUCUCCCAA